AGAGUAGCACUUUGCACCGCUCAAAGCAAUAGCUCUUGCCUGGGCAAACCACAGAGGGGCCCCAACUGGGCCACCCUCCCCAAAUUCGGAUGAGGCCCGGAGCCACAAUGGGGACUUCUUCAAAGGUUGAAAUGUUGAAAUUCUCUGUCUUGCCAAUGGUACUGCUGUUCUACUUGAUUCUCUGGGGCCAGAUAGCUGAUGUUCAGGGCACAGAAGAGCCUGACUUAUACCAUGGCUGUGUGGAGGGAAGCUGUUACCCAGCCACAGGAAACCUGCUCAUUGGGAGGGCCCAGAACCUGAGCACUACAUCAACAUGUGGCCUGGAAGAGCCUCAGGAGUACUGCAUUGUCAGCCAUCUGCAGGACUCUGAGAAAUGCUUCACUUGUGACUCACGCUCACCCUCCCUCCGUGAGAGCCACCGCAUUGAGAAUGUCAUCUACCUUAGUGGCCAGAAUGGUGAACAGACCUGGUGGCAGUCUGAGAAUGGUGCAGAGCAGGUCAGCAUCCGCUUGGACCUGGAAGCUGAAUUCCACUUUACUCACCUCAUAAUGAAAUUUAAGACUUUCCGUCCAGCAGCAAUGCUCAUUGAGCGUUCAUCAGAUUUUGGGCAAAGCUGGAAAGUUUAUCGCUACUUUGCCUUCAAUUGCUCCAAGCUCUUCCCAGCUGUCCCUACUCAGAUCCCAACACAUGUCAAUCAAGCAAUGUGUGACGAGCGAUACUCUGAGAUUGAGCCUUCCAGCCAUGGUGAAGUGAUUUUCAAGGUACUAGACCCAGCUGUGAAAGUGGAAGACCCUUACAGCCAGGAAAUCCAAGAUUUGUUACGUGUCACCAACUUGCGAGUGAAUUUCACAAAGCUGCAUACUCUGGGAGACAAUCUAUUAGACUCACGAUAUCAAGUAUUACAGAAAUACUACUAUGCGGUGUAUGAGAUGGUGCUUCGAGGGAGCUGCUUCUGUUAUGGACAUGCCUCCGAGUGUGCCCCGUUGACAGGAUCAGCAAACCCGGUUGAGGGCAUGAUCCAUGGACGAUGUGUCUGCAAGCACCACACCAAGGGUCUCAACUGUGAGCUCUGCAAGGAUUUCUAUCAGGACUUGCCCUGGAGUCCAGCUGAGGUCCACAAUCCACAUGCUUGCAAAGAGUGCAACUGCAACGAACACUCCCACCAGUGCCACUUUGAUAUAGCCGUGUACCUGGCCACGGGCAACUCCAGUGGCGGUGUCUGUGAUGAGUGCCAGCAUAACACCAUGGGCCGCCACUGCCAGAUCUGCAAGCCGUUCUUCUACCGCAACCCACUAGCUGACAUCAGGGCCAAAACCGCAUGCAUCCCCUGUGACUGUGACCCAGUGGGCUCUUUGGAUGGAGGUGUGUGUGACAGUCACACAGAUGCAGUGCUGGGCAUGAUUGCAGGGCAGUGUCGCUGCAAAGAGAACGUCAAAGGCGGGCGUUGUGACAGCUGCAAAGAAGCCUUUUAUGGACUGAGCCUCGAUGAUCCUCUUGGCUGCCAACCCUGCAGAUGUGACCCUCGUGGGAUCACCAUAGAUAGCAGCCCCUGUGACCAGAUCAGCGGCGACUGCUACUGCAAGCGUUUUGUAACUGGGCAAUACUGCAACCAGUGUUUGCCUGAAUAUUGGGGUUUGAGCUAUGACGUGACAGGCUGCCGAAGCUGCGCCUGUGAUUUCGGAGGUGCCUACGACAACAGAUGCUCUAUGAAUGAUGGACAGUGUCCUUGUCGGCCCCACCUUAUAGGUCGUCGGUGCGACGAUGUGCAGCCUGGGUUUUUCUGUAUGCCCUUGGACUACUACAUGUAUGAAGCUGAGCAUGCCACCAGUCUUGCUCCAACCCAUCCAGAUCUCCCGGGUGCCUUGCGGCAAGAAUCACCUGUGGAUUGUGUGGAAUAUUACAACGGAGUCCAGAACGGGCGCAGGGUGAGGCUGAGGCGCCAGCACAGCACAGCAAGGCUCUUGCAGCAGCGAGGGGCGCUCUGGCGAGCUCGGCAGCUUCAACAAAAGCCUGAUGUGGAAGUUGUCCAGCGUGAGCACACAGGCCAUAUGAUUACGUGGACAGGCCCAGGCUUCGCCCGUGUACGAGAUGGGGCUGGACUCUCCUUCUACAUCGACAACAUUCCUUACCCAAUGGAAUAUGAUAUCUUGCUCCGUUAUGAGCCUGAGUCCACAGAAGAUUGGGAAGCUGUUGUCAGUGUCAGCUCACAGGCCCUACCCAUGAGCUCACGCUGUGGCAAUGUCCUGCCCUCCGAGCAAGUGUAUCAAGGGAGCUUGCCACAUACCUCCAGAUACUUGCUUCUACCAAGGCCAUUCUGCUUUGAGCCCAGAAACCAUUACAAGGUCGUAGUGAGGUUCCAGCGAGCAGGUGUGGCACAGCGCCAUCCAGCGGCUUUCAUCCUUGUAGACUCGUUGGUUCUUUUGCCCCAUGUGACAGAACUACCUGGUUUUCAUGGCAACGAUCCAGCUUCUGUUGAGCGUCGGGAAGCGCUGGAGCAUUACACAUGCCUGGAAGUAUUUCGCAUGGCCACAAUGCCUGACCUGCCUGAGACUUGUGCCCACCUGCUGUGCAGCAUUUCUGCCCUGAUCCAUGAUGGGGCUCUGCCCUGCCAGUGUGACCUCCAGGGUUCCACCAGCAGCGUCUGCCACAAACUGGGAGGACAGUGCCAGUGUAAACCCAAUGUUAUGGGUCGGCAAUGUGACCAAUGUAUCCCAGGCACUUACGGAUUUGGACCUUACGGCUGCAUUUCCUGUGCUUGUUCCCCUGAGGGCUCAGUCUCCAAAAUCUGUGAUCCAGUAAGUGGGCAGUGCCAGUGCCAGCAGGGUAUUGUGGGACGCCAGUGUGAUCAGUGUCCACCAGACCAAUGGGGCUUCCCUGACUGCCGGCCUUGUCACUGCAAUGGGCAUGCAGAGGAAUGUGAUUCGCGCACCGGAGCCUGCCGGCAAUGCCGAGAUUAUACAGCAGGCCGCCAUUGUGAAAGGUGCCUGGAUGGGUACUACGGAGACCCAGUCCUGGGAUCAGGGCAGCAGUGUCGGCCCUGUCCUUGUCCUGGAUAUCCAGGUUCUCGGCACUACCACGGCAUUUCGUGUCAGGCUGACAGAGAGACAAACCAGAUAGUUUGCUUGUGCGCUCCAGGCUAUACAGGGCCACGAUGUGACCGCUGUUCUCCUGGCUAUUUUGGAACACCUGAGCAGGAGGGUGGUGCCUGCCGCCCUUGUCAGUGCAACAAUAACAUCGACCCUAGUGACCCUGAGGCCUGUGACCCACGGAGUGGCCAGUGUCUGCAUUGCCUUUACCACACUGGUGGACCCCACUGUGCUGAAUGUCAGCCUGGUUACUACGGCAAUGCCUUUCAGCGGAACUGCCGACGCUGUACUUGUAACGAACAGGGUACUUUGCCCACACACUGCUCCGAAGGCAUCUGCCAUUGUGAUCAGACUACGGGCAAUUGUCCCUGCCAUGCCAAUGUGGUGGAAAAGAACUGUGAUAGAUGUGCCCAGAACUUCUGGGGUUUUGGCAGCGACUUGGGCUGUCAGCCCUGUAACUGUGAUCCAGCCCAUUCAUUACGCUCAGACUGCAACAUGUUUACAGGCCAGUGCCACUGCCAGCCAGCUUUUGGAGGCCGUGUUUGCUCUCACUGCCAAGAAAAUCACUGGGGUGACCCAGAACAGCAGUGCGUAGCUUGUGAAUGUGACCCCAAAGGCUCUGAGAGCCUUCAGUGUGACCGCCUCACUGGCCAUUGUUCCUGCCAAGGUGGCUUUACGGGGCGAAACUGUGACCAGUGCCAGCGUGGCUUCCAGAAGAAUUUCCCCCGCUGUUCUCCAUGCCAUGCUUGCUUCGGCCAGUGGGACCUCGUGCUUAAUCAGCUCUACAGACAGCUGCAAAGGCUGCAGGACAGAGUACAGGCCCUGAAGGAAGGUGGCCCCCUACCUGAAACCAGCAAUAGCUGUCUGCGUAGGCUGGAGAACAGCUUGGCUUGGGUGGAGCAGCUUCUGGGGGAUGGGAAGAGCCUGGGUGGUCCUCUCCUGCAGCAGCUGAACACUCUUUUAGCCAAGACAAGGGCAGACAUGGAUGAGCUUUGGGACCACCUGCAAGAUACAGAUUCGUGCCUAGAGAGCACUGAGGGGAAAGACACAGAGCAGAGGGGCCGCCUGAAUACCUUGAAUGAAGAACUAGACGAACUUGACCACAUGGUCAACUACCUUACUCGCCAACUGGGAAGGAUAGUAAAUGCCAGCUUCAGCGAGUCUUUCCGUAGCAUUGUGGAGUUCUACCAGCAGUCAGAACAGGCCCAACGGCAAGCCAAUGCCUCCGUUCGAGGGCGCCAGAGUCCAGUGGUCCAAGCGAAGCGUACGCGUCAGGUCACUGUUGAGCUGUUGAAACAAAGAGGAAAGGCUUUUCGCAAGAGGGCUGAUGAUCGCCAAAAGGCUCUGACUAAUGUCCAACGAAAGGUCAAGGCCCUCCGUCUGAACAGGGUCAACCAGAAAAUCUGUGGUGGUUCUGGAGAAGAAGUCUGUGAACAAGCUCCUUGUGGAGGAGCUUCCUGUAAGGACAGUUUAGGUCAAAGGCACUGUGGAGGUCCUGGUUGUACUGGAGCUCUUCCUGUGUCCAUCAAGGCCCUCCAUGAUUCCCAGAACCUCUCUCACCAGCUGGAGACCACAGCAAAACAGCUGGGCACUGUUGUUAGCAAGGUGCAAGAAGUCCAGGAGCUGGCACAGGAUGCCAGGAACCAUGCUCAGGACACCUUGGAUCAUGCUCAAGGAGCUCGGAACCAGGUGGAGAAAUCAACAGCCAAGCUAAGGGAAUUCAUCCAGAGGAUAAAAGACUUCCUAGCAGAGGAAGGCGCCGAUCCAGAGAGCAUUGAGCUGGUGGCUCAACAGGUCCUGAACAUUCCCCAGCCCAUCAGCCACAGCCAGAUCGACAGUAUGAUUAAGGAGAUCUGGGACAGAAUUGGCCAGCUUAAUAGAGUGGAUUUUAUCCUGAACUGCACAGUGCAAAACCUAACUCUCGCCAGGGAUUUACUGACCAAAGCAGAGCAGGCCAGGGAACAAGCAGAAGGUGUACAGGGAACUGUGGCAGAAACAACUGGAGCACUAGACAGUGCAAAGGACAAAGUGAAGGCAGCCGAGCAAGCCCUGAAGAAGGCAAAGGAAGCCAUCCAGAAUGUGGAAGACAAAGUCAGACAGGCUGUGGGUCAGCUCGAAACACUCAUCAACAAGGAAUCACAACUGGAGAGUCGUCUGAGAGAGUUGGCGCAGGAUGUGGCCACCUUACAAAAGAAAUCCCAGGAUAACGAGCGCCAGGCUCAGCAGGCCACAGGAAAAGCUGAGCGUGCUACUAACCUAGCACUCCAGCUCAAAAACGAGGUGGGUGAGGUGAAGCAGAACUACCAGAAGUUGCAGGACGAAUUGGAAAAACAGCCCAAGAAAGUCCUGCUCAGGCUAAAAAGUCUCAGGGAUGAAGCCCAGAGUCUUCUAGAUAAGGCCAACAGCAGCAAAAGAAAGCUGGAAGAAUUGGAGAAACGCUUUGAGGAGAAUGAGGAACAAAUGAGAAACAAAACCACAACACUGCAGAAAUUGGAGGCAGAAGUGGUGGAAUUACUGCAGUAUAUCCAAGAAAAAGCCACUGCCUAUGCUACCUGCUAGGGCCAAGGUUUCUGUGGACAGCCCCUUGGGUCAGAUUCCUGCCAGCUCUGGACACAACUAUGGUACGGUGCUUUCUGCUCAAGUCAAUAACUGGCUCUUAGAGACAAGACUUUGACGGUAGGUCCAGAGCUCUAAUGUAAUCCAGAUCAUUUCAUCCUCAACUUAAAUCUACCUGAGAUCAGUCAUGAACAGGUUGAUUCUAAUGUGAAUAUUUCAUAGAAACAUAUAUUGUGCUUAGACCAUGUUUUCUUCCAGGACUCUGGAACUUGAGCCAGUUUCUGAAGGUAUCAGCUGAAGAGAUGGAAUAUUUUCACUGUAGUCUUAGAAUGGGAACCAGUUUGGUGUGGUGAAGGCACCAGGCUAGAAACUGGGAGACUGUGAGUUCUAGUCCUGCCUUAGGCACAAAGCCAGCUGGGUGACCUUGGGCCAGUCACUCUCUCAGCCCUAGGAAGAAGACAAUGGCAAGCCACUUCUGAAAUCUUGCCAAGAAAACUGCAGGGACUUGUCCAGGCAGUUGCCAGAAUCGAGACUGACUUGAAGGCACCUAAUUGUUAUUCUAGCCAUGGAAAUAUUUCCUCUUUCAGUACCCUCUUCUUACCUUUCAAAAGUUAUUUUCACUAUAGCAUUGGAAACAACCAUACUUUCUGGACCAACCAGGCUGCCAAUAUGAAUGCCAUAAAAACUGAAUUCCACCUACUGCCAUUCAAGAUUACUGAACAGUUCCCUUCUCCUCUCAUCAUUUUAACUAUUAGUUGUCCUUAUCUUUUUUUAUGAAGUAAUGCACAUACACACAAAAAUCAAUAAUUUUCUAAAAGAGAUUUUCCUACCCUAGUUCCCUCAACUCCCAUAAUCUUCAAUUAGCAUAGGUGUUGAUUUGUAAUCACAAAUACAAGUACAAACUCAACAUUAGGAGGAAUUUCCUAACCAUGUCAACUGUUAAGCAGUGAAAGUCUGCCUCCUGGAGUCAUGGUGGCUCCUCAUUGGGGUUUUCAAACAAAGGUUGGAUGGCCCUUUGUCUGACAGGAUAUGAAGAUUUGUGCACUGGGCCAGGUGUUGGACUAGACCCCAAGGUCCUUUUCGACCCGCUACUGUAUGCUUUUAAGUCCAACACUGCUGGUUUGGAGAAGGCUGUAGGCGAUGACGGUCCUCAGCUCCUAUGAAUACUUACUGAAGGUCUCUCAUGUCCCACUCCAGAUGAGGAACUUCUGUUACUGAGUUAAUCUCAGUAAUGAUUAUUUUAGGUUACCAAUGAUAGUCAGCAGCACACAUUAGUAUUAAAAACACAAGUUAUGGAAAGCAUGCUUAGCAUAGCUUCUAGAAUUCUUUCCAUCCCCUUAAUAGCAGCUGCACUCUGGGUCACAUGGCCAGGGCAAGUGGGGGCUUAAGAAUAGAGCAGUUAGUAGUAGUCUAUUAUGGAUCUCCCAUAGGGAUGCCUUGGGUGGUGUCCCUGAAUGUUGUAUGAUACAGAUUCAUACAGCUUGCAAUCGUAAUAACUUAGGAUGAACUCUAGUUCUCUUAUAGUAUUGCCUGAUGCUGCAGCAAAAUGGUAAGAAGAGGAGAGGGUUCACCAUAUUCUGCUGAUGAACUUUCCACCAGCAUUGUCUAAACGUUAUAUGGGAUGGAGAACUGGACUGCUUGGCAGAUAAACAGAGAUGGCGCAUUGGGAUGAGAUAGGAACUUCUCUUUUACCCUUGAUGGCAAAAGCAUAACAAUAAGUAAAUGAGUGGUUUACCUGAUUUACAUCACCCCUCCCCUUCAGAUCCAUCUGGUUCAAUGCAGAUGGCACUGAAGGCAGUCCUAGAUUUCAUGAAGCCUUUGCCUUUUCUUCAGCUCCAUCUAUAGUUUGUUUCAGCUUGAUUUUCACAGUCAUUUCUAUUUACUUGCCUAGAGAAGACUGAUUGUUUUUCAAAGCUACUUCUCCAUCUAGGUCUGGCCUAGUUCUUUACCCCAAUACAGCAGACCCUCCUCCAUUUAAUGUUUUCCACCCGCAGAUGUAAUUAUCUGGAGAUAAACAAAUGCCUCACUACCCCUAUUGUUUCCCUAUCUUAAUGGAGCUAGAAGUCUGUGUUCUGCAUUCUUCCCUGUUUUAUUGGCCCAAUGGGCACAUGUGUAAUUCACCUGCAGAAUGGAAAAUAAUGGUGCCACUUCUACAAAGUGGACUUUUUAAACAUUAUUUCCUUGUAGUAAUAAAGCCUUUGACCUUUCUGA